UCAUAAAGAGUAAUGGAAACAAGCAAUGAAAGUUUAGGAACAGACUUCAUCCUUCUGGGAUUUUCCAGUCGACCCCAAGUAGAGUACAUCAUCUCUGUGGCUGUGUUCAUUUUCUAUACUGUGACUCUGGUAGGAAACACAACCAUCAUUCUUGUUUCUUAUCUAGAUACCCAGCUUCAUAUCCCCAUGUAUUUCUUCUUAUCUAACUUGUCUGCUGUAGACCUCUGUUAUACAACUAGCAUUAUCCCCCAAAUGCUGGUAAAUUUAUGGGGUCCAAAAAAAUCUAUUACAUAUGGAGGGUGUGCACUCCAGUUCUUCUUUGCCCUUGACCUGGGAGCCACAGAAUGUCUUCUCUUAGCUGUGAUGGCCUAUGACCGCUAUGCUGCUGUCUGUCAACCUCUUCACUACACAGUAAUAAUGAACCCUGAGCUCUGCCAGAAAAUGGUGCUGACCUCGUGGUUUGGUGGUCUCGGAAGUGCCUUAAUUCUUUGCUCCUUGACUUUGAAGUUGCCAAGAUGUGGACACCGCGAAGUGGAUAAUUUUUUCUGUGAGAUGCCAGCAUUGAUCAAGAUGGCUUGUGUCUAUUCCAAAGUAACAGAGAUUGCUGUCUUUACACUUGGAGUUAUAUUUCUUCUAGUACCUCUAUCACUGAUUCUCAUCUCAUAUGGACUUAUCACUCAAGCUGUGAUGAGAAUUAAGUCAGCAUCAAGGUGGAGAAAGGUCCUUAAUACAUGUGGUUCCCACCUCACGGUAGUAACUCUGUUUUAUGGAACAAUCAUUUAUAUGUACAUGAAGCCACAGAAUACCGCAUCCCAAGAAGAAGGAAAAUUCUUUACUCUCUUUUACACAAUUGUCACACCCAGUCUUAACCCUCUGAUCUACACUUUAAGAAACAAAGAUGUAAAGAGUGCAAUGAAAAGAAUGCUAGGAAUGGACAAGUACUCCUCAAAAGUGUGAGUAAAGUG